CACAACACAAACAACAACAACAAAAAUUUCUUUUAUUUUCUGAUUUCUGAUCUUGUUUUGAGGUCUUGAGGGCUUAGCUUCCUCCCCCCAACACCACCACCCACCUCCUCACUUUUUGCCCCUCUCUUUCUCCUCAUACUCCAAACCCAGAAAAAGGUUUGCAGUAGCGCAAAAAACAGAGUUUUAAUUCAAAAGGAGGAGAGAGGGAUCUUUUUCCCAACCCCAUACCACUAUCCAAAAAACCAUAGAAUUUAGAAACCCAUUACCCAGAAGAAAAGGUUUUAAAUUAAAAAAAAAAGAAAUGAAAAGAAGGAUAGAGGGGUCGCCAUAAAAAAGUGCAGCACAAAAGAAAUUGUGAUAUUAUAUAAAGUAUGUCUGUCUGGGUGUGAUAUUGACCUCCUGGGCCAACCAGAAUCUGUCGUGGGUCUCUUAAUUAUUUGUGGCAAUGACACCCAACAACGGCAGCGUUUCGGUGCUACCCAGCCAGGGAAUGUUUCCGCUGGGAUCGAGCGGCAGCGGAGGAGGAGGUGGGUACGUGGUGGAGGGCAACGACUGUCUAAAGAAAGGUCCGUGGACGGCGGCGGAGGACCAGAUUUUAAUGGAGUAUGUGAGGAAACACGGAGAGGGCAAUUGGAACGAGGUGCAGAGGAACUCUGGCCUCAAUCGGUGUGGCAAGAGCGGCAGGCUUCGCUGGGCCAAUCAUCUCCGUCCCAACUUGAAGAAGGGCUCAUUCUCUCUUGAGGAACAGAGGCUCAUUCUUGAGCUGCACGCAAAGUAUGGCAACAAAUGGGCUCGCAUGGCUUCUCAGUUACCUGGGCGAACAGACAACGAAAUAAAGAACCACUGGAACACAAGGGUGAAGAGGAGGAAACGGCAAGGCCUACCGCUAUAUCCCCAUGACAUUAAACAAUCCCAACAAUCCCAUUUCCAUUCCCAAACAAUCCCAAGUCUUACCCCACUCACAACCAUAAUCCAAAACCCUUUCCAACCCAUCACCGAUGGCUCAACCCCAACUUUUUCCUUCCAUACCCAAAGCCAAACCCAAGCCCAUCAUUUGCCCCCACUCUCCCCCACUCCACCAUCUCUCUCUCCCCUCUCCUCCCCACACCGGCCCAAGCCCACUGCUCUCACUCCCUUCCCUCAUUUUGAUCCCAUAAACUCCCCCUCCUCUUCCUCCUUCUCCUCCUCCACACCCUCCUUCACCUUCCACCGUCCAGCUCCAAUCCUCGGAGCCCCGUUGCGCCACAAAAUGUUCCGGGACUCCAUAGGAUUCUCCCCACCACUCUCCCCAAACCCGGAAAGAAAUACUUCCAUGUUCCGUACCAGCUCAAUGCCUGACAUUGCCUCAUUUCAAUUGACAGGCUCCGACUCAAUGCCUGAUAUGGCCUCCUUUCAGAUGACAAGCACCAACUCGAUGUCUGACAUUGCCUGCUUUGAGUUCCCCAGGACUUUUAACCACUCUUUCCCGCCACUUUCCCUUUCUCAGUUCGAUUUCUCCGACAGUUUGGUGUCACCUACCGGCCCAGUUUAUUCAGUCCAGUCGGAGCUCUCUUCAAACCAAGUGUCCCAAACACAACUUAAGAUUUCCAUUGAUAACAAUGCAAGCUUGAGGGAUGCGAUAACACUAGCAGCCACCGAUGAGACUCAUUGCAAUAUCAGUUUGUUGGACGAAUUCUUACAAGAAGCUUGCAGUGGUGGAAAUAACUCAAGGAGCGCUACUGAGCUUUUGGGUUCAUUUGAAGAGAAGCAUGUGUUGGACGGUUAUGGCCAGUGGUUGAAGUCUACAAGCUCCAUUGAUGGUCACCUUAAUUCCAUGCCUGAAGACUUUUCGAAGCUGUCCAAUUCCAUCCCUCCAUCGGAGCCGGUCUCCAAUUGGUAUAGUGACAGUGGAGAAGUCUCCAAUGCUCACUCUUCUGGCUUAACAGAUGCUAGUUUGGAAUUUGAAAUGCAGCAAAUGGCUUCAAUGUUCCCUGAUGUUGCCACAGCAGGCCAUGGCAUGGCCUCUAGCUCUUAGUGAUCCAAUACUCUUACAAAAAAUAUUCUAAUCAAUGUCAAUUGAUACUAAAAAAAAGAUGACUCAAACAAUGUGUAGCAGCUGCUGCCCUGGCUUGGAUAGCUAUAGGGGCUGGAGAACUUAGGGCUCGUUUGGUACACAGGACUGUCUUGGCAUGGACUAUGCUUACGGACUGUCUUGGCUUGGUUUUGUCUAAGUUGGAUAACACUUAUCCUGUGUUUGGUGUACGCUUGGACUAGGACUAGAUUUUUUUUUUUUUUUUCAAAACUAUCUAUGUAUAUGUAUAAAUACAUGUAUUAUGUAU